GUGUUCCUGGUUAUUUUUUGUAGCAAAAGAAUAUUGUCAUCGUAUUCAGAACACAUUAAUUCUUCUAAAAUUAGAUAUCUGGAUACAUUGUCCACCAUUUUUACUUGAUAAACCCACAGUUUGGUGAUUAAAACUAAACAGGUUUCAGGUUGAUCCUAAUAACACUAAACUGCAAACCUAUAACAUGAACUGGUUUAUCGGCAACAAAUGCGCUCUUUGUUUCGGAACAGGAGCCAUAAGCUUUUCAGACAAGUUUCUCGCUUUUACCUCUGUCCUCCCCUCCACCCACCUUGCCUGCUGAUUUAUUAUCAUACUUGGAUUGCUGUUAUAUUAUCACACUUAUUUACUGUUAUAUUAACACUAUUGUCCUGCUGGACGUUGCUUGAUUAUUAUUAUCAUACUUGAUUGCUGUUGCUGAUUAUUAUAUUUUGUUUCAUUAUUAUUGUGAACUUUGCUUUGUACUUCUUUAUGCCACUGAUUUUUAUGUAUAUUACCUUCUUUCUAGUCAGUUAACUUUUUGAUAAUAAAACGUCUGGCAUUGAUUAAAUGCAAGACAUUUUCAAAUCCCUUUGCUUUGUCCUACUUUAUGCCACUGAUUUUCAUGUAUAUUACCUACUUUCUAGGGCGCGUUUGUUGACAACAAACUGAGUUCGGUUUUUGAAACCGGGUUUUCAAACCUUCCAUUUGUUUCGUAAAACUGGUUUUGAACUAGAAAAGGUUUGAACCAUUUGUUUUCCAAAAUCGCUUACUGGUUUGCAAAACCGACCAAACUGCCCCCAUAGGCGGUUUGUACGGUUUGAUGUACCCGAUAUUACGUGCACUUGUGGAAAAAAAAUGGCGGACCUCGUGGAUGAAAAUGGAAACAGGGUUAUGGCUAUUGGGCCUCUACACAGUGUCAUCCCGGAACGUUUCCAUCAACACCUCUCAAGAAAAACUCUGAAGAGUUAUUUGGCAUGUGAUGAAAAGUAUAGAGAACAGCUGGAAAGCAGCAUGUACCCAGCAGACAUUCCAGUCAUUGUCCGGCAAUAUACAAACGCAGUGUUCCAGAGAGUGCUGAACAACCUUAAUGGUCUUGGUAAGGAUGCAGUCGAGGAGAUACAUCCUUGGGUGCUGUGCACCUUGAUUGAUUGGGACGAGUUUGACAAAGUCAUAUGCACUACAACAAAUCAUACUACAACAAAUCAUACAGAUGACAGAGAUACAGAGUCGGGAACAGGCACACCAUGCGAAAUGCCAGAGAUUAGAUCAACUGGGUUAACAUCUUCCUCUUCAGAUGGUGUAGCACCAACAAGCCAGAAUGGCCAUGAUGGGACUACAGAUGCUGCUGAGCCAGAUGUUGUUACGGAAAACAUGAAGUCUGAGAAACAAGUUUGGACAAAACCCGCAGUCCUGAAGCUGAUUGCCCUGCAUCAAGACCACGAGGCUGACUUCAGAAAACCUUCACUGAAGAAAAAAACUAUCUGGUCCAUUAUUGCAUCAGAUAUCAACAAAGAAACCAAGUUAAAUGGUACAUAUUCAGCUACUCAGUGCGAGCAGAAAUGGAAAAAUAUUACUAAAGUGUAUAGGGACACAGUUGACCAUAACAUGAAAUCAGGCAAUGAGCGAAAAGAAUGCCCUUACUUCCAUGAACUGCAGGACUUUUACGGGUACAGACCCAAUGUUACUCCAUUGUAUGUAAGCAGCUCCAUCAAGUCACCUCAGACUCAAAGCUCUUCUGUAGAGACAGAAGAUGAGAAAGAUGUAGAAAAACAAACAUCAAAGAAGCCAAAGGUGAAGCAUAACCGCAAGGAUGCAGUUGUUGAAAUGCUACAAGAGAUGCGUGAUGACAUGAAGCAGGAACAAAAACAGUUAAUGGAAGUUUUAACCAAACAGCACGAAGACCGUAUGGCAAAUGAGAAAAGCAAACUAGAACUUUUUGAUAAAUUGGUUAAUGCUAUUUCAAAAUCCAAGUAAGAGUGAACACUUUACAAGGUUUGUUUUUUGACAGAAGUGGAGAGAGACAUGGAAGAUUUGUAGGAGCAAUCUUUGGGUCACUUUUCUAGUGAAUAUUUUCUGUUUCUUCAUGCUCCUCUGUUCAGUGAU